CAGGUGCUGGAAGUGGAUUAAUGUGCGCGCGUGCGUGUGUCAACGACGUGCAUGUUUUGAGGACAGCGAGAGGGAAAAAGUGUGAGAGAUCAAAACAGAGAAAUUAAAAACGACAGUGUGAACGGGGAGAGGGAUUGAGUGCUAGUGUGCGCGUCUUCAGCGUGCAGAAAGAGAAAACAGAAGUGGGUGCGCGCGCUUGCGAGCGUGCGUGAGGAUGAGGGAGCGAGAGCGCGAGAGGAGGGAGGCGCUGCUUCACGAGCUCAGGACGCAGAGGCAGCAGAGCAGCAGCCGGGGAGGAAUCUAUUGUCUGUCGGAGCGCGUCCCUCUCACUCUGUGACUGAGAAGGAGUAGGAGUAGGAGGAGGAGGAGGACAUCCGCGGAGUGGGACUGCAGCCGAUUCGUUCCCCGGGGGAUCAGUGGAUGUGGUACCAGGGACGGGAGGCUCGGAGCCGGAACCGUGCGCAGGAGGAGACCCGGACAAAAGCAGGAUAAGAACCCACACUUUCCGCCCCCCUCCCCUUGACGGGCAGAGCAGGAGCCUGCGUCCGCAGUGUGACCGCGUUUCUUCUGCUUGGUGUUCGUGCACUGUUGGAGAGGUUGUGGGUUCGGAUCUCCGGUGCUCCGUAUUGGAUCUACUCGCCGCCUCAGUAGCUAUGGGGCUGGCCGGCGGAGGGAAGGGGACGCCGGGUGUCUCUAGCGGGGCGCUCCCCCUUCUCUGGAGGUUCUGGCCGCUCCUGCUGGUCUCCGUGCUGGAGGUCGAGGCUCAGACCGCGGAGGACACGAAGCCCAUAUACAUCUGGCAGACAGGGCCGUGGGGCCGCUGCAUGGGCAGCGAGUGUGGCCCGGGGGGCAGCCAGAGCCGGGCGGUGUGGUGCGCCCACUCGGAGGGCUGGACCACCCUGCACACCAACUGCGAGCACGCCAGCCGGCCCCACAACCAGCAGGGCUGCUUCCGCGUGUGCGACUGGCACAAGGACAUGUACGACUGGCAGCUGGGCGCCUGGAACCGCUGCCUGCCGGUGGCCAUGCGCGGCAGCGCCGGCAUGCAGCGCUACGCGGCGGCGGCGGCGGCCGGCGUGUGCACCCGGGGCGAGGAGGGCCUCCAGACCCGCGAGGUGGCCUGCGUCCAGAAGGCCGACGCCGGGCCCGCCGAAGACGCCAUCUGCGAGUACUUUGAGCCCAAGCCGCGGCUGGAGCAGGCCUGCCUCAUCCCCUGCCCCCGGGACUGCGUGGUGUCCGAGUUCAGCGUGUGGACGUCCUGCUCCAAGACCUGCGGCACCGGUCUGCAGAACCGGAUCCGCUGCGUGCUGGCGCCGCCGCUGUUUGGCGGCGCGACCUGCCCCAACCUGACUGAGUUCCAGACCUGCCAGCCGGGGCUGUGCGAGGGCGAGGAGAGCCUCUACAGUAUCAAGCUGGGCCCCUGGGGCCCCUGUGGCGUCCCCGUGCCACGCCAGGCGAGACAGGCCCCCAGAGAGGUAUCCAGGGAGGUGGAUUUGUCAGACAGAGGAGAAGCUGAUACACUAGACAGUGACGCACCGACUAGGGAUGGAGGCACAGCAGGUAGAGAGACACCGUCCAGAGAAGGGGGUACACCGGACAGAGCUGAUCCAUCCAGUGAAGGGGGUACACCAGACAGAGCUAAUCCAUCCAAAGAAGGGGUUAUACCAGACAAAGCCCAUCCAUCCAGGGAAGGGGGUACACCAGACAGAGCCCAUCCAUCCAGGGAAGGGGGUACACCAGACAGAGCCCAUCCAUCCAGGGAAGGGGGUACACCAGACGGAGAUAAACCGUCCAGAGAAGGGGGUGUACCAGAUAGAGAGACACCGGGCAGGGAAAGGGGUGCGCCAGAAGGAGACAGACCGUCCAGAGAGAGACAGCCAGCGGUGAGAGAGAAACCAUCCAGAGAAGGGGAUGCACCCGACAGAGCCAGUGACAAACCAUCCAGGGAGAGGGGCACAGCGGGUAGGGAGAAACCGUCAAGAGAAGGGGGUACCCCGACUGGAGACAAACCCUCCAGUGAAAGGGGUACGCCAGGGAGAGGCCGGGACAAACCGUCCAGAGACAAACCAUCCAGGGACAGUGACACAGUCGGUAGAGGUGGGGACAAAAUGGCCAGAGAUGGGGAGGCACCAGCCCUAGACAGCCCAGCCAGUGAAGCGGGUCCAGCAGACAAAACCAGAGACAACCCAGUCAGGGAAGGGGGUCCAGCAGACAAAACCAGAGACAACCCAGUCAGGGAAGGGGGUCCAGCAGACAAAACCAGAGACAACCCAGUCAGGGAAGGGGGUCCAGCAGACAAAACCAGAGACAACCCAGUCAGGGAAGGGGGUCCAGCAGACAAAACCAGAGACAACCCAGUCAGGGAAGGGGAACCAGGGGACAGAGGCAGAGACAGCCCAGCCAGGGAAGGUAAAAAGGCAGCCAAAGGCAACGACAAACCAAACCGAGAGGUGGACAAGUUAGCCAGGGCCAAUAGAAAACUAAGAAAGCUGAUCAGGAAGCAGGAGAGGGCUUCCAGACAGGUGGACCGGCCCAAACGACAGAAGAAGGCCAAGAACAAGGAGAAGAGAGAGAAGAUCAGGGAGAAGGCCCGCGAGCGGCUGCGCUCGGAGAAGGUUAAGGACCCGGAGACCCGGGAACUGCUCAAGAAGAAGCGCACCAAGAACCGCCAGAACCGGCCGGGGGGGAAGGGCUGGGACAUCCAGAUGGGGUACCGGACACGAGAAGUGAUGUGUGUUCACAAGAGCGGGGACAGCGAGGCACUGAGCCUGUGCUCCCAGGAGGGGCUCCCGGUGACCUACCAGGCCUGCGUGGUGACCCGGGACUGCGAGGUGGGCGGCUGGUCCGAGUGGUCCCCCUGCUCCACGCGCUGCUACGAGCCCAACGGGCCCCGGGGCCAGCGCACGCGGGGCCGGCGCGUCGCCCAGUUCACGGUGGGGCCGGGCGGCGCGGCGUGCCCCGAGCUGGAGGAGACGGAGGCCUGCAGCCCGGAGGACGGGGCCCCGCCCUGCACUGUGUACAGCUGGAAGGCCACCGAGUGGACCGAGUGCAGAGUGGACACGCUGCUCAGCCAGCAGGACCGUCGGCGCGCCAACCAGACGGGCCUGUGUGGAGGAGGCAUCCAGGGCCGCGAGGUGUACUGCGUGCAGGCCGGCGGCGACACGCCCUCCAACCUCAGCGCCCUCCGGGGCAGAGAAGUGUGA